AUGUCAUUUUAUGGCAAGAUCAGAUGGUUGGGCCAUGUGGAAAGAAUGGAUGAGGAAACAAUACCCAAACGCGUAAUGUUGGCAAGAAUGGAAGAAACCAGAAGACAAGGACGACCAAGGAGUAGAUGGAUAGACGAAGUAAAGAAAGAUCUACAACAGAUGGGUAUAAGGAACUGGAGAAGUAUUGCUAAAGAUAGGGAAGAGUGGAGAAGAAUUGUUUUGGGAGCCAAGGGUCAGUAUAGCCUGUAG